CUUGACAGUGGGAUGGUUGGUACAAGAAUAGAAGGUGUAGCAGUGAAUACAACCGAAUUUAUUAACAGAUAUCGAUGGUUGCCCCAAAACGUCACUUUGGAACUCAUGAUUAGGAAACUCAAUGAAACAGACAAAUAUAACGAUGUGAAGAUAGGAGAAGAAAUGGUCGGGUCUGGAGUUGUUGGCAUAUUGAGCUACCUCUCUUGUGAUAACACAGACGUGAUCAGCGAGAUUUGUGGGAUGAAUUCUAUACCACACAUUGCAAUGCACAAUGGUGACUGUCGCAUCAAAGAAGGAAGUGAUUUCACUAUAAGUUUACGCCCUCACAGCAGUUAUAUUGAAGACGCCAUUGUUGACAUAACAUUCGCAGAGGAAUGGAACAACGUUGUUAUAUUCUACGAUAAAUCAUAUGGUCGCACUAUGAUUUCUCGUCUUUUCACAAA